UUAGAUGAUGUAAAAGAAUCAAUAUCAAACCGCCCAAAAGAAGAGUUGGUUAAAUGUGCAUCAUGUCCAAACAAAUGCACGAUGAGCAUAAGAUGCAAAGCGUCCUCACUCACUCCAAUCAAGGAUAAUUAUCUGUACUUUUGCACAUAUUCUUGUUUCCAAAAAUACUUUGGUUCAUCAUCAGGUAAAACCUGGUCUGCUUAUAUCGAAUCUAAACAACCUAAAAAAGACAAAAAGGAAAAGAAGGAAACGAAUAAGGAAAAAGGAAAAGAUGAUGAUUCAGACGAGGAAUCCAGCCAUGAAGAAGAUGAAGAGGGAUAUGUAGUAGAAGAUGAAGAACAACAUACAGAUAAGAAAAGAAAAGCAUCUACACCACCAAAGCCGACAACUAAAAAGGCUCCAGCUAAAAAGGCUGCAGCCAAAGACAAAGAUAAAAAAAUUAACAAGAUUAUAGAGUACUUGGAAGAUGAAAUAGUAUCGUUCAUUGGACUUAAAUUUGAAGAUUUCCAAGAUUUAUAUCAAAACACUAUACGAUUGCAAAAGACAAAAACAGAAACCAGAGGCACUAAAUCAAAGUAUUCAAUCAGGGGCCAGUUGUUUAUUACACUUUGUUGGCUCCGUCACUACCCAAAGAGAAUUGUUCUAUCUGCAUUUUUUAAAAUAUCGCAAACUACUGUAGAAGAAUACACGUCUAACACUUUGGAUUUGUUAUAUCCUCUCUGCCAAGAGAAUUUCGAUUACUAUUUUUCAAAAAGAAUGGACAAAGAGCACUAUUCAAUUUAUGUUAAAGACACCAAUGAAUCUUGCAUGGUUACAUCAGUGGCAGAUGGAUCAGAACAAAGAAUUUCAGUUCCCAUGGAUUCCGAAAUUGCAAUGAAUUUUUAUAGUGGAAAGAAAGGAUAUUUCUCAAUAACCAAACUUGUCUUUUGUACUCCCACUGGAAAGAUUAUUUUCAUGUCUAAAUCAAGACCUGGAUCAAGAAAUGAUAUUAACCUCGCCAAUGAAUCAAGAGCUUUCUAUUCUAAACUAGACGAAGUUCUCGAGUUUAUUUUGGGAGACAAAGGAUUCAUAGGUUGUCAUGGCAUGUAUAAACACUUUUUGGUUAACGAUAGAAAUCCUAAAGCUAGUUUUAAUAGAGGUGAGGCUGACAAAAGAUUUAAAGCCAUUAGAAUUAUCAUAGAAAAUGUGUUUGCCCAUAUGAAAAAGUGGGAAGCAUGCAAAGCGACUUUGAGGAUCAAAUUUUCCGAUCCUUCAAAAAUUCUUCAACAACAUGAUCAAAUAUGGUCAGUUGUAGGAUAUCUCACAAAUAAAUACAAAAACAUUAGAGGAUUAUAG